AUGUCUGAGAGUGGCCACGUCCAGAUGGGCUCUCCCAGCGAUACACCCAUCUCUCAGCUUUCAAUGACGAAGCUCGAUAUCCUUCCCACAAUAGGGGAGGAUAACAUACAAGCGCUGCUGGAGGAACACGGCCUUGAAUAUACCCCUGAUGGCGAGCAUAUACGCUGGCUAGCUUCGAACCCGAGUCACCCACGCAAAUGGCCUAUGUUGCGCAAGAUUUAUGACAGUGGUUUGAUUAUUAUCUUGGAUCUUUUCACAACGGCCGUGAGUACGGCAGGAAGCGCAGCUGCUGAUCACGCACGACACGAGUUCGGCCUUAGCCGAACCCUGGCUGUCUUCUUGUUCGUUUCAGUGUAUCUCAUAGGCCAAGGAAUAGGAGGAAUCAUAUUCCCGCCUUACUCGGAGUCUUUUGGCCGCAAGAAGCUGUAUAUCAUCAGCACUGGGCUAUACAGCCUGUUUUGCCUUAUGGUUGGGCUGUCCCCCUCCGUAGCUGGAGCUAUAGUGGGCCGGUUCUUCUCCGGAUUCUUAUCUGCUAUCCCGACUAUUGUUGUGGCAGGAAGUAUCGAGGAUAUUUUCAACUCCAAAGAUCGCAUCUGGCUGAUUUUCCUGUGGGCAAUGGUGGCUAACAUGGGUCUGAUCCUUGGACCCAUCAUGAGCAUCUACAUUAUUGAUGCUUUGGACUGGCGAUGGGUCUUCCAUAUAUCCGCUAUUUUUACUGCAGUAAUCACCGUUCUCCUGUUAGGGAUUCGCGAAUCUAGGCCAUCAUUGCUCCUUGCCCAGGAGGUGGCCAAAUUGCGAAAAUUAACCGGUAUCAGCACAUUGAAAGCUCUGAACCCUGACCAUGCCCCAGACAUGAAGACCUUUGUUCGGAUAGCUCUUUUCCGGCCCCUCAAGUUAUUCUUCACGGAACCCAUCGUCUUCAUGGUUGCCACAAUCAGUGCUGUAGCAUUUGCGCUUAUUUAUCUGUUCACAGAGGCUCUGCCCCCGAUAUACGAGGACCUUGGAUUCUCUAGCGCCAACUCGUCUCUUCCUUUCCUCGCAAUCGGCAUCGGCCUGAUCAGUGGAGUUCUUACCCGUAUCUUUGAUCAUAAAACUAUCACCAGAUACCAGAGAGAAGGCAAGCCAUUGCAGCCAGAACAUAAGCUUGUUGGAUUCUCCAUUGGCGCCCCUGUUCUGGCAGUCGGCCUGUGGUGGUUUGCUUGGACUAUUCCACCGCGAGUUCUAGGGGUCCACUGGGUGGUAUCUGCUAUAUCCCUGGUGCUGAUCGGUUAUGCUUUAAAUGAAUUCGACGCCGUUUUAGCCGGAUACCUAGCCGACAGCUACUUGAGCUAUUCGGCGAGUGGGUUUGCUGCCCUAUCUCUCGUGCGUUCCACACUUUCUGCUGUGUUCCCACUGUUUGCCGGGCGGAUGUACGAGGUAUUGGGCGCAAAUCUAGCCACUUCUAUUCUUGCAGCUUUAGCUACUGCCUUCUGCAUCAUUCCGCCCCUGUUCACCCGGUACGGACCACGGAUCCGGGCACGCAGUAAGUUUGCACGGUAUAGUUUGCAGGUGUAUCUGGAGAACGGAGUCGACAAGGACGGGUACUAG